AUGGAUGAUGCAUAUGUUAUUGAUGACCAAUUCUAUGGAAUUGAUCAGAUGCUUCUGGAUGAAGAAGAUAAUGCAUUUCCAUUUUCAGAAUUUGACUCUGAAAAUGAAGAAGAACAUAGCCAGCAACAGAGUGAAGACAACAAUGAUGUAUCAAAUGCAGAUGGUCAGUUGCCCAGGGGACUCAAGGCUCAAAUGGUAGUAAGAUUUCAAGUGCACAAGUCAAAAAUCAGCAGAGUAUUUGAUGAUCUAAGCAAGCAGAUGUCUCAGGGAAAUGUGAUUGAUGUCAGAAACAAUAAGCUGGGGAAAGUAGGUCGCAAACCAAUGGAAUUCACAGAUGAGUUUCUACAAUCUGUGCCUUUGUACAAGAGAACAACAGAGAGAAGCUAUGCAUCAGCUCUAAAGAUUUCACAUGUAACUAUACACAAUUUGAAGAAAAGGGGCAGACUAAGGACUCACACAAGCACCAACAGACCAGCACUGACUUUAAACCAUAAGGUUGCAAGGUUAAAAUGGGCUUUGUCUCAUGUUAACCUUAUUCCAGUUCAAGGGGAACCAAAAUUUGUCUACAUGCAAGAGGCUAUACAUAUUGAUGAGAAGUGGUUUUGGUUAAAUCCAGAAACAAGAAAGUUUUAUUUGCUGCCAAAAGAGGAAAACCCAUACAGGUGUCAGCAGUCCAGGAGGUUCAAAAUCAAAGCCAUGUUCAUGGUUGUGGUUGGUAAAUCCCAUUAUGAUGCUAACAAAAACUUGUUGCAUGAUGUUAAGUCAAGUAAGAAUAGAGUUGCAGGAACAAUGGAGACCAAGGCAGUAGAGAGUGUAACCAAGGAAGUGACAAGGACAAUGUUGCUUGAACAUGUAAUACCAGCAAUCAAAGGCAAGUGGCAUCACAGCUUGGCAAAGAAUGUAUACAUACAGUGGGAUAAUGCUAGACCACACCAGAUCCCAGGAGAUCCAGAGUUUCAAGAAGCAUGCACAUCAGAUGGGUUCAAUAUUCAAAUGGUUUUUCAACCAGCCCAAUCCCCUGAUCUGAAUGUGCUUGAUCUAGGGUUGUUUACCUCCAUACAAUCCAUCCAAUAUCAAUCUUUUCCAACCAACUUAGAUGAAAUGAUUGAAAAGGUGAAUGAUGCUUAUGAUCAGUUUGAUCCUAAAGUGAACAUGAACACAUGGAUCACUUUGCAACAAUGUAUGGUUGAGAUAAUGAAAAAAAAUGGAGGCAAUAACUACCCCCCACCACAUAUGGGCAAAAACAGGUUGGAGAUUCAAGGCAAUCUUCCAGAACAAAUAGAGGUCAACAGGGAGAUUAUUCAACAAGUUGUGGAACAUCUCAACACUAUGUUCAGGCCAGUGAACUCAGGAGAAGAUGAAGACGCACAAAUGCAGGUUGAUGCUGAUUAG